AAAAAUCAAAGCGUUUGCAUUAAAACAGUCCUGAGCUCGUGCAGUUCCCAAUGGCAACGCGCAUGACGGAAGUCGUCACUGCCAGUCAGUAGCAAAUAUUCCGACGUUUGGGAAUUCUGUUUGCGAUGCAUGUGUUAAUUUUAUGAUAUUGUUAAUUACGUAGCUGCCGUAAUAAUAGUGUGCAGUCAGUUUGCACUGGGAAUCUGUCCAGCAGGCUGAAUAUGUUUCUGAAGGGUCGCCGGAAAUGACUUUUACUGGCUUAAAGAAAUCACAUCCGACCUGUGCAUCAUGAGGAUGGCUCGGCGAGUGUUAGUGAUAUAACAGCACACCGGAGAGUUUUUAUUUUUAUUUUAGCGGGGACUAAAAGUUGUAAACGUGAACGCGAUAUAGGUACUGCUUUAUGAGACAUGUCUGACUUGCUCUGGAGUUAAUUGUGUUCGUUUCGGGGGCCUUCGAAAGCCUGACAUUCACGAGGAGCCUGUGCAUUGAGUGCAUCAGUAUGAAUAAGACUUAUACGUAAAAUACAGUCGUGAAUCCCUUUAAAAGAUGUUGUCCAAUCCUCCGGCUGAGCAGAAAGGGACAGAGCAGGUGCCUGCGUCUGCGGCUGGUCCAUGCCAUCGUGCUGCUCAGUCUUUGCUGUAUCAGGAGCAGCUGGUUGUAGGAUGCAGAGAAACCAGCAGGGAGGAGAUUGAAUCUGGGGACAGAACACGAUCCUCAGACUUUGGGAAAGGCGUGAAGGAAGUUCAUCUGGAGAAUGAAGGAGCUCUGAGACAGAUGACAUUUGAUCUAAAAAGUAAGGCCAAGUGUAGGGAUCCACGAUGGACAUCUGCCACCUUCAAUUCUUCUUCUCCAGCUGGACCAUCAGGAGAGCAGCUUGGAACUCUGGAAAGAUUUCUUGUGUCCCAUCAAACUGAGAUGAAGCGUCUGCUAACUGAUACCUUCGGAUCCCUGACCCAGCGUCUUGAGGCAAUGGAGAGGAGGAUGGACCAACUGUGUUCACAAAGCAGUGCACAUACCCACAGUUUAGCUCAGCUGCACAGUAAAGUUGGCCAGCUGGGAAGAGACUUGUCCUUUGGCUGUCCAAAUACUCCAAGCGUUUCAUCAGUUUGCAGUUAUGGAGUGGAUGUAGACCUGCCAAAAGACUACAACGGAAUCAUCUCAAAUAUCUCCUCUCCCGAAUCAAAGAAGAAGGACCCUGUGUGUUCUUGGGCAAUGUCAACACCUUCCCAAUCCAGCCAAAGUCCCACCCAAAACCCUGAGGACCGGAGCUGUCAGGAUCCGAGUGGAGAUUGUAGCAGCUCCAGUUCAUCAUGUGGAAUUCUAAAAACGUGCCCUUCGGGACAAACUGACAAUUGUUUGCAGGGUAACUACUCACCCGUUUCAGAUUUUGAAGACCUGGAGAUGGAACUGGAAAUUGAGAAGGACAGAGUUGCUUUAAACUUAUUGGUCGAUUCUGUGCUCAGCAGCUCAGAUGACAAUGACUGCUGGGGACUUCCUUGUAAUCAGGAAGUACUGACCUCUGAUAGUGUGGGGAAUAAUAAAUCUGUUCAGGAAGGAGAAGGUACCUUGAAUAAUCAGUGUUUACCUGUUCCUGAAAACCCUCGGGUGCCUUCCAUUCAGUUUCUCGAAACUUUAGCUCCUAGUGGCUUAAAGCCAAACACAAAUACAGAUCAUCUUUGUUCAUUUUCAAAAGCAAUGAAGCUCUCUGGGAAACCAGUGGCAUUGACAGAUUCCUCUAAAGACGAGUGUGACAAAAACGAGCAGCAGUCCUUUUGUCAAAUUGGCUUUCCUUUCUCCACUAAGCCACUAGGAGCACAACCCAACCCUGAUAAACCCAAGGGUUGUUCAGUUCAGACUUCUAAUAAGAAAGAAGAAGCAAUCUUGGACAAGAUCAAAACAAAUGGUUUUUUUCACUCUACUAUUACUUCACUAAAUAAUAGUACUUCAGUCUUGGAUCACAUCCCACCGUCAAGGUACAUAGAUGGACUGACAGGGACAACUGCUGGAGAUUCUGACGAGAGCACAGAGAUAGGUAAUCAGGGACAAAGCGUUGAUUGUCAGUACUCAAAUGUAUCAUACUCAAAGGAUAGCACAAUAAAACUCCCUUUUCAAGGGUCAUCAAUCCUGCCAUACUGUGGACUUGCUUUAUCAAACCAAUUAGUAAAAGGUGUAGGUGACCAAAAAUCAAUGACAUUUCAUCAAGCACACUCCACUUCCCAUCUCUCGGCCCCAAGAAAUGGUUCCUCCAAAUCAUUUUUAGACAGUGAUACUAACAAACUGUUGAAUCAGCUCUCGGAUACUGCCUAUCGCUUGGUGUCCAGAAGCUGUUCUUCAAGCGACUUGGAAAUAUGGACUGGUUGCAGCAGAACUGGAUCCCAACUCAAACACUGUGGCGGAAAGAAACAUCACUUUCCUGCAUCUCCCGCUCUUAAAGAAGGACAAAGAAAGGGCUUCUCUGACUUUGAGCAGGCAGGAGGGAUAUCCAAACAUUGGCAGCCAAUUCUUGAGGACUUGAUACUUCCUGUCUCUUCUCGAUUGACUGGUACACAAGCUUGUCCUUCAGAUGCUUUACCUAUCAACCUGGAUAAAGACUCUGUGUGUUGUCCUAGCUUAUCUCAACUUUAUCGCCCCACCACUCCGCCUUUGUCUACUUUAAGCAAAGGGAGCUUCUCUAGGGCAGGUGUUAGUACCGUUCUGGCUUUAUCUUCUCCAGCUUCCUUCAGACUGUGGUUUCGUCACAGGCGGAUCAGCUUUCCUAUUAUGCAGUUGACACGUCCUAGUAUCCAUACGGUUGUGAGUCGGAUUUUGGGAAGGUGCAAGUGUCAUCCUUUUCGACCACUGGUUGACUUCACAGCUCCACCAGGCCUAGACAACGAUCACCACUAUAUACGCCGAUCCAAUCAAGAAGUUACACCCAGCAAGAAAAAAAGAGCUUCAGCACGGAAAGCCACCUCAUCUUCAUCAGUGUGUCAUCUUUCAAAAAUUAGUUUCACAUCAGAAAGGAGUCUGGAUCACUCUUCUCGGCACAGCAUCAGCCCCAAGUCUGUGCGAUUGGAUGAAUCCGCCAAUGAAUCUGUGUCUAGUUUUGCUAUUGCCAGUGCGAAUGUCAAAUACCCUGGUUUACACAGUCGGGCGGCGUCAACAGAAAUGAACCAGGUUGAACUCUACGACACUAAUGCUGAAGCUCAAAGAGGUCAACGCUCCAAAAGGGUCUCCCAAAUUCGUAUUCGUAAGACGGUUCCCAAACCAGAUAACAACCUUACUCCAAUGGGACUCCCCAAACCAAAGAGGCUGAAGAAAAAAGAAUUCAGUUUGGAGGAGAUUUAUACCAACAAGAAUUACAAGUCUCCGACCCCUAACAGAAGCCUGGAGACGAUAUUCGAAGAACCAAAAGAGAAGAAUGGCUCUUUGGUAUGUAUUGGUCAUCAGAAACGAAAGCGAGUUCUAGACUUCCCAGAUUUCACACUGCCUCGGAAGCGCAAGGCUAAAACUAACCUGGCUCCACUGCGUGUGAAAGGACCACGAGGACGGGCUCGUAGAGGUAGACAGGACGACGCUGACCUUGAUGUACUGCUAAUCGAGAAGCUCACAGAACUGGAAGACUACUUCUCUCGCCAUGGACUGGAGGUUUAAGCUCAGUUUUUCACAAAUCUUUAUAACAGUUGAUCAGUUACCAAAAAUGUUGGUUUUAAUCUUUUUUGCCUGAACAAGGAAAGAAUUUGAGCUUGUUCAGGGAUCGUUGUUUAAAGAGCGUUUAGCAAUAGAGGGAAAGAACACUUUCUUGUAGCAUUUACAGUUGAGACUUAAAGUGUGUGGAGUGGACUGACCCAAAAGACAUUUGCGCAGUGAGUGUGUGUGUGUGUGUGUGUGUGUGCGUGCGUGUGUGUGUGUGUGUGUGUGUGUGUGUGUGUGUGUAGUAUAAGCACAUUAUAGUAAACCUUUACCUGAGCACUUUCUGUAUCCUCACAAUGUGACCUAGUUGUGUUUCUCUUGCAUUUGCAACAUGUUGCUUACCAACACGUUCCUAAAUCAUUUUCUGGCAAAAAAAAGAGAUAUAAUGAUAGAUUGUUUGGUUUAAGCCCUUCAAGGUCUCUUAAAAACAAGGAGAUGUUCAUCCUUGACUACUAAUGACUUUGCUUUCUAAAUGAAAAUGCGGAGGGAUUUGCUGCCAAAUACAAGAAAACUAGUUUAAGUUUUUACUUUCUUUUGAAAUUGAUAUUUUAAGGUACAGUGCAGUGUUUCUUCACUAUGUUCUUGCAAGAUGUUCUAAAAUUCUUAAUGCGUUUCACCAUAGAAAUAUGACUUGACUUUGUGUUUCUGCAUUUGUUGUUCUUGCAGGGCUGUCUUGAAUUAGCUAGUUUUGAAAUGGGCUUUCCCUUAACCUCACCUUGUGAGUUUGAAAAUCACUCGGAGUAAAAUUAAUCAUUUAUCCAGCCUUCACGUCAUUCCAAACCUGUAUGACUUUUUUCUUCGGAAUGCAAAAAGAAAAAAAUGUCCAAACGUAAUCGAACCCAAUGACUCCAUUAUUUGGACAAAAACAGUUGCAGCAUACUUCAAAAUAUCUUCUUUUUAAUGACAGAAAUGCAGUUUUAAGAAAACUGUCCCCUAAGGUUUUUUUUGAUUUAUGUAGCCAAGAGAACAUUCUGACACCUUGAAAACAGGAUAGACAAGCCACUGGGAUGUAUUUGAGAAAUAUGUGAAAAAAAAACACUGUUCUCUUAAUGUUAGCUGUGGAAUUACUUUUAUUCGAGAUAUGCUGAGAUAUGAAAUACAUGUCUGCCGUGAAUCUAUGGUUCUUAAUAUCUGGUUGACAUUAGUGAAGCGUUUGGUGAGAUCCACCUUCCAUAUUUCUAAUCUGACAUUUACUGAGUGUUAAAUGCAGCUAAUUAAGAGCUGGCCUGAUUAGACUUAUUUUUAGUUUUAGUUUUAUCAUUCCAUGGUGUGAUAUACCACCACAACUUUAUCAUAUUUAUCAACUUUAACAUUUUUGUUUUGAUAUGGUGUGUUGUCUUUUUUUCUUUUUUUAAUGGAAAGCUUUUACAAUCAAUUGUAGUUAACCUUGGACUCAUUACGUAUAGCUUUGAAAGUCAAUUAUCUGCACUUGACCCCCAAAUAAUCUGAGCAUCUCUGUGCCAGUAUGUGAUAGAAAUGUGCUUACAAUGCAACCUAUAGACAUGUAUUGUCUCUUUUGAUCACUUUGAACUGUUAGAUUUCAGAUGUUACAGAAACUGCUGCUGUUGUGCUUCUCUUUGAGCUCACCAACAGAUCAACACUAAGUAUUGCUUGAGUGCUGUCAAUCAAUAUGAUUUUAUAUAUAUUUUAUGAAUAAAAAUAGUGUUAACUACAA